AUGAAUGAAACCGUCAUCUUCGACGCUGCGCGAAGAAUCGUCGAUCUCGGAUCCAAGGACCUGGGUUACAAAUACGUCGUCAUGGAUGACUGCUGGUCUGCUGGAAGAAACUCCUCCGGAUACCUCGUGCACGACAAGAAGAAGUUCCCCAAUGGCAUUGCGCACGUGGCUGAAAAGAUUCACGAGCUGGGAUUGAAAGUCGGUAUUUACCCUAGUGCUGGAUCUAUGACUUGUGCGCGGUAUGAAGGGUCGUUGGGAUAUGAGCAGAAGGAUGCGGAUGUUUGGGCUAGUUGGGGUGUCGACUACCUCAAAUACGACAACUGCUACAAUGAAGGCCAAGGAGGAACCUCCAAACUGUCAUUUGACCGUUACAACGCCAUGAGCAAGGCUCUUAACUCAACCGGCCAACUAAUCGUCUACUCCAUGUACAACUGGGGUGUCGACGGGCCCUGGAACUUUGCGCCUACGACCUCCAACUCCUGGAGAACUUCCGGAGACCUGAUUAAUGAAGGACUCGACUGCAAGUUACCGGGAUAUCACUGCUCGAUUAUGAAUGUGCUGGAUAUGGCUGCGUUUAUGCCGUCCAAGGCGUAUGCGGGUGCUUGGACUGGUCUUGACUUGCUUCGUAUGUUCACCAACUCUCUCUGGACAGCCGUCAAAUCCCCCCUAAUGAUGAGCAACAUCAUGACCCAAAUCGAUCCCCAAACCCUCUCCAUCCUCCCAAACCCCGCCAAGGGCGAGAUCCAACUCUACAGCGGCUCACUUAGCAGCGGCGACCAAGUCAUCUUGCUCUUAAACGCAGGCACCAAGACCCGCGAGAUGACCGUCUCCCUCGCGGAAAUCUUCUGGGACGAAGGCGUGAAGGACACUGCGGCACAGGCUGCUAAACGUAACUGCUCCGUCGUCGGGGUUACUGCGCAUGACGGCGCGGAGAAGGUCUACUCGGAUGUGUCGUCUUCGUCAUAUAAGCACUUGAUGGGGUCGAAGAUUGGGUCUGUUGGUCCGAGGGGGGCUGUGAAGGCGACUGUGAGACCUCAUGGUGUGGCUAUGUAUAAGCUUCGGGAGCAGAAGCGUGAUGAGUUGUAA